AGCGGUGAAGGCAGCCCGGCAGGUCCUGGAACCGCCGGCGAGACCGUCGUCGCCUGAAAGCGAUGGUGACGGAUCCACCGACUGCGACGACAGCAGCAGCAGCAGCAGCAGCGGGGCCCGGCCAUUCUGCCAAGAUAUGAGACAUGAGUGUUGGACGCAGAAGAUUAAAGUUGCUGGGAAUUCUAAUGAUGGUAAACUUAUUCAUAUAUGUGAUUGUGGAAGUCUCCAAGAACAGUGGCCAAGGAAAGAAUUCAAAGAAACGUGUUAUACUGUCUGACAGCAAAUUUUGGAGGAAGUAUACUGCUCACAAGGCAUAUUGGAAUAAACAGCAGCAGAAGUUGGAACGCUUAUACAAUCCUGUUUUUGCAUUGCUUUUCAAUAUGACAGUGGAAGAAAGGUUAGCUGCUAAUAGUAACUUUUCAAACUCCUGUGAUCCUGACCCCUAUGUAGUUUCAGAAAUUAAUGACUAUGAAAACUUGCCAGAUAGAUUUAAAGACUUCUUGCUUUACUUGAGGUGUAGAAAUUAUUCAUUACUAAUGGACCAACCACAAAAGUGCAAACAUAAACCUUUCCUCCUUCUGGCUAUUAAAUCGCUGAUACCACAUUUUGAUAGAAGGCAAGCAAUCAGGGAGUCUUGGGGAAAAGAAAUAAAAUCAGGAGACACAACUAUUAUGAGGGUCUUUCUGUUGGGCCAGACCCCUUCAGAGGACCACUAUCCUGAUCUCUCAGAUAUGUUGAAAUUUGAGAGUGAAACCCACCAAGACAUUCUUCUGUGGAACUACAGAGAUACUUUCUUCAAUUUGACCCUGAAAGAGGUACUAUUUUUAAAAUGGGUCAGUAAUACCUGUCCAGAAGCCCAGUUUAUUUUUAAGGGUGAUGAUGAUGUUUUUGUGAAUACCCAUCAGAUCCUGGAUUACUUGAAGAGUUUAACCAAGGAAAAAGCCAAAGACUUGUUCAUAGGUGAUGUUAUCCAAGAUGCUGGACCUCAUCGUGAUAAGAAACUGAAAUACUAUAUCCCAGAAAGUAUUUAUGAAGGUUCUUAUCCUCCAUAUGCAGGAGGUGGUGGGUUUCUCUAUUCUGGUGAUCUAGCAUUAAGGUUAACCAACAUAUCUGACCAAGUUCUUCUCUAUCCAAUUGAUGAUGUUUAUAUUGGAAUGUGCCUUCAGAAACUUGGACUUGCUCCUGAAAAACACAAAGGAUUCAAGACCUUUGAUAUUGAUGAGAAACACAGGAAUAAUAUUUGUUCCUACACAAACCUAAUCUUAGUCCACAGCAGGAAACCUCAAGAAAUGAUUAAGAUAUGGACAAAUUUACAAGAUCCACAUUUAAGUUGUUAAGUACUUGUGUGCCCCAAAGUUAUUUCUAAACUUAAAUUUUGUAGCUAAAUGUUUAGUAUAUGGUUUUCAUUUGAUGGCUUGUUUUGUAGACCAAAAUUACCUACAAAGAGUUCGUCCAGUACUUCUAAACGUGAGGUUACAUUUAAAGCAAUGCACAUUGUGAGGAUAUUCCACGAAGAUAUCCUAAUCUUUUACCAUGUGUACUCAGUGCUUUCAUAUGAUAAAAUACUGAAAAAUACAGCCAUCAGAUGUUGUGAUUAAACUAAUCAUUAAUGAAAUGACUAGUUAGUCCUGAGAUAUUGGAAGAACUUGGCUGUUUUGUAGAGCUACUAAUUCUUUGUGGUGGUAGGAUCCAUACAUUCUUUGACUUCUUUCCCUAGGAUGAUGUAUCUUGGAUACUCAUCGUAGGUCAAGUUCAGGAAAUAAUUUCAGCAUAAAUGUGAUGAAUAAUGCUCUGAUUCUUGAAAAAUUAUUUUUUGUAACUCCUUUUUAUCCACUCUCAUCCACCCACUGGUUAUCUCACCGCUUAACAGUAUUUAGUUAAAUGUGAUGGAGACAUCUGUGCAGUUAUAUCGUGGCAGUGCAUGUAAAAGUUCACAUGUCAUUUGUCUCUCUGUAUCAUGUCUCUGAGAAAUGAUACAGCUUAAAUCUUGAGAUGUUAUUUGGGAAGUUAAGUAUUUCUUUGUAUCAAGCUUAGCUAAAGGCCAAACAUUUUAUACUUUUAAACUGGCACCAGAGCUACACAGUCUCCUUAACAUUUGCUAAGUUUCAUGUCUUUUAUAUUGAUGAAAAAGUCAGACAACUUGACUGAUUAAAUUGAACUGAUAUGCGAAACAUUGGUUAGAUUAAUUCAUUCAGAACAGAUUGGACCUCUUCCAUAGGUUAGACUUCACUUGAAGAUGUUGUAAUUAUUAAGUGAACCUUACAAUUGUAAAGAGUACCUCAAGGGAAUAGUUCCUAAAAUACUAGAAUUCCUACCUGCCAUAUUGUCAUCUAUCUUAUAUGAAACAAUUACUCAAAACAGUGACUGCUGUCUUAUGUAGAAGUGCCUGUAUUUAUUGUUCAGAUUGAAGACCAAAACAUUUUCUUAAAUAUAUUUAAGAAACAUUUGUAUAGUGUUGUCAGUCAUAUUUAAAUAGAGUACACUAUUUUAAAUGUGUUGAAAUAUCAGAUGUUAAAUAAAGUUAAUUGUUCGUGAAUUUGAAAAAGUGAUUUGUGUACAUCCCAAUGUUUGUGUAAUAUUUCCCAAAAAUGCUAAAUAAUUCACUCUAUAGCAAUCACUAGGUGACCAGUUUUCAAGAGCAAGUUGGAACUUUGAUUUACUAGAAUACUAUUGUAGCUCAUGCUGUCAUUUGUUGCAUGAGUUUCAAAGUCUAUAAAAUUGUACAGUACUUCUGUCCAUCUGUAGAUCAUAUCAUUGUACUGCUUACAUAAGCACGCUGUGAUCAGAGUAGAGCUUUGGUGACAUUUUACACUGGAAAAACCCUUCUCUUUCUGCUGAGUACAGCGGUGCUGCCCAAGAACUCGCAUUGUCUUGAGGCAGAGGAAGGGUAAUGAAAUUAGGAAAUGCCCAUUCCAGUGGGAAAGAGCUGCCAAAGAGACCUGCAAAUGACAGCCUUGGAGAAGGCUGAUGUAGGCUAGAUUAGAUCAGUGCCGGUCUUCACAUGCAUGCAAGUAACUUAGGAUGGAAGCACACCAGAAAAAGCUCAUCCUAAUAGAUUGAGUUAUAAUGCUAGUUCUUAGAAUAUUUCAUGUUGGUGAUCAAAUUGCAUGCUUCAGCUAACUUGGAAAAUGUCCCACACUUUGUUUUCUCAGGCUGCAAUCCUAUACUCAGUGAAACUUACCUCUGAGUAAAUAUAGAUGGCAGGUGCGGGCAAUUUAUGGCACUCUAAAUGUUUCAGCCUACAACACCCAUCAGCCCUCAAUAUUGGCCAAGCCUACUGUGACUGAUUCAGGUUGAAGGCUAAAAUAUCUGGAGCACUACAAGGUACCCACCAUUGAUAUAUAGGUUUGCACUUUGAGACUGCUAUUUGGUGCACACUUACCUUAGAGUAAGGCUUAGUGAUAGCAGUGAAACCUACAUUUACAGUUGUGCAAACAUGCAUACGAUUGUGGUGUAAAUCUACUUACCUAGCUUUCUUGAUUGUUUGAGCUUCCAUUUUCUGUAUCCAAUUUUACUGCUUUUCUCUGCUAUUUAUUGCAUCUCCAACAGUCAUGUUAUCUAAAUUUUAUGAGGAGAUAAAAAUGAAGUUUUUUUCACUCUAUUUUUGUAAAUGUAAUAAAAUGCCCUUGAAUUUC